AUGGCAGACACAAGAUUUAAGCUCAAUACCGGGGCCGAGAUUCCAGCUUUAGGACUCGGUACAUGGCAAUCUGAGCCCGGAGAGGUUGCGAAAGCCGUUGCUUACGCAUUAUCGAUUGGAUAUAAGCAUAUUGACUGCGCAUAUGUUUACGGAAACGAAGAUGAAGUAGGACAAGGUCUCAAGGAAGCUUUCGCAUCCGGAAUCAAGAGAGAAGAUAUCUUCAUCACCACGAAAUUAUGGUGCACAUAUCAUACACGGGUUGAGGAGGCUCUCGAUAAGAGUUUAAAGAGCUUGGGCUUGGACUAUGUCGAUUUAUAUUUGAUGCAUUGGCCCGUUCCCAUGAAUCCAAACGGUUAG